AUGUCAAACACAUCUCAAACUCCGUCUCCCAACUCACAGUCUGUGUCUAUUUCCAGUCGUUUCAACCUCGACUCUUGGGACAUGCAUGAUGCGGACGUGCUCUUUUUAACCCCGGACCAGGUAUUCUUUUACGCACAUCGGUCUAUACUCCUAUCAUACUCCACCAAUUACUUUGGUGGUUUGCUGGCUGAAGAUUCUGCGUGCGACAACGAGGAAGUCGAUGUUACCCAGCCCAUGAGCGACGUCGAUUCGUUCUUGAGCAUCGAACCCAAGCUUGUUGUAGUGGACAUUUAUUCGGAGGUCUUCAAUGUUGUACUUUUAGCCCUUUAUCAGUUCUCUAUACAGGAGUUUAUGCCCUCGAGCCAAACACUCCGAGAAGUAAUUUACGCCCUCGCGAGCCUCGGGAUCGACCCCAGCAUGAUUGCACAUACCAGAUCCGAGUUAUAUGGACUACUCCUGAAGUCCGCGGCCGCAGAUCCGCUACCUAUGUACGCUUCAGCAGCGCAGUGCUCCUUUGAGCCAUUAGCCGUAUCCGUCAGUGCGCUGACUCUUCGAACACCACUACACGAGAUCACUGAAGAACUCGCUCAGCAAAUGGGCCCUGUUUAUUUGAAACGUAUAUUCUUUCUCCACCUCGGUCGAGAAGCUGCAUUGAGAAGAAUUGUUCUUCCACAGCCAAGUCUUCAUCCACCUGAAUCGAAUCUUAAAUGCGACACCCAAUCUCAGAAAUCCAUCCAGCGAGCUUGGACGCUUGCAUCGGCGUACGUUAUCGCUCAAAAUGAUCUAGGAGGUGUAAACGAACUUGCAGGAACGUAUAUCGAGGCUAGUACAUGA